CGCGCUGCCGUCAGCUGGGCGCCGAGGAAGCAGCAUCAUGGCGGCGUCCGCUGGUAGCGUGCAGUGUGCCUUAAGGAGAGCGAUGGCCCCGUCGUUAGUGGUGAUUUUGGGAGCUACCGGCACCGGAAAGUCCAAGCUGGCGAUCGAGAUCGGAAGGCGGCUUCGGGGAGAAAUCAUCAGCGCCGACUCCAUGCAGGUGUACCAGGGCCUCAACAUCAUCACCAAUAAGGUGACAGCAGAGGAGCGCGCCCAGUGCAGACAUCACAUGAUCAGCUUUGUGGACCCGUUGGUUAGCAGCUACACGGUGGUGGACUUCAGGAACAAAGCCCUGGCUCUAAUAGAUGACAUGCACAGCAGAAACAGACUGCCAGUCGUCGUAGGAGGAACAAACUAUUACAUUGAGUCUCUGCUGUGGAGAGUCCUGCUGGAUACAGGACAGGAGAACGAGGAGCCAGGGGACGGAGAAGAUGGAGCUCCAAACAGGAAGCUGGAGCUGGAGAAACUGGGAGGAGCUGAGUUACAUAAACGACUGGCAGAGGUGGACCCCAAAAUGGCUGCCAUGUUACACCCAAAUGACAAACGCAAGAUAGCCAGGAGUCUUCAAAUCCACGAGGAGACCGGCGUCUCCCAUAGCCGCUGGCUGGAGGAGCAAAGGGAGCAGGAGGGAGGCGAUGGGCUGGGGGGGCCGCUGAGAUACCCAGACCCCUGCAUCUUCUGGCUGCACGCUGAAAUGGACGCUCUAGACAAGCGGUUGGAUGCUCGUGUAGAUGAGAUGCUGUCUGCCGGACUCAUAGAAGAGCUCAGAGACUUCCAUGUUCGCUACAAUCAGCAGAAAGUCCAGGGUGACAGUUAUCUCAUGACCAGUUGCACGCUGGACCUACGUCAUCAGUGUCAGAACUAUCAACAGGGGAUUUUCCAGUCGAUCGGUUUUAAGGAGUUCCAUGACUACCUGACGGCUCCUGAAAGCAGCACUCAGCAGGAGAAGGACACGCUACGAGACAAAGGUGUAGAAGCUUUGAAGAUUGCCACGAGGCGUUACGCCCGCAAACAGAAUAAAUGGGUCCGAAACCGCUUCCUUAAACGACCAGGAGACAACGUGCCAGUGGUGUAUGGCCUGGAUGUGACGGACGUGUCGAGGUGGGAGGAGACGGUGCUGAACCCUGCACUGCAGAUACUGGACAGUCUCAGCAAGGGUGAGGAGCCAGCUAUUCAGCCAAUCAGAGUGCAGGAGGCGGAGCAGAGAAACAAACGGAGCCAUCACACAUGUGAUCUGUGUGACAAAGUGAUCAUCGGUGACCUGGAGUGGACAGCUCACCUGAGGUCCAAAAAGCAUCACUAUCACGUUAGGAAGAAGAGAAAGUUGGAUCCAGCCGGUGACCAAGCCCAGGUCCCCCCUGCACCUCUUGCCUCUGCUGCAGAGAUUGUGGAAAGCGUCUCAGAGGACCCUUGUGCUACUGUUGCCCCGGGCUGCACUGAAACCUCGCAGGACUCUUCCCAAGACGCCAGGGCAACAGACAAGGAAGUACCUGUGACAGUUUAAGAGUGAUGCAGACUCUGGACUACAUCUUCAUUCAGGUUCCCACCACCUUCACCUGUAUUUUCUCUUUGAACCUGCAGCUCAAUCUUCUUAUUUGGAAUAUUAGAAUGGGAUGACCGACCUUCUUAGCCCUGUAGAUACAGGAAUUAACAACAAUGAAUGUGAAUAGCAAAGAACAUAUUUGAAAUACCGCAACAUAUUUUUUUAGUUGCUCAUGAGCUUCCGAGUGUGGAUCCUUGAAGCGGUUUAUUUUUUGUAGUAGAGGUCUUGACAGUCAGGACAAUUCGACAUUCUGGACCCAAAAGAAGUGUGCAGCCAAAGAAAUGUAAUUUUCAAGGACGCUGUUUUCCCACCGCCUAUUAAAGGAAAACGUUUAUUUUUUAUUUUUUUAUUAAAUCUUCCAUUUUCAAAUGUGUUAGCAUUUCAGGAUUUAUCUUUGCCAUGUCUCGGCUUAACCACCACGCACUUUUAACUUCAUCCACUUGGUUUUAAAGAUGUUGAAUAAACCAAAGGAUGUCAAAGUUUUUUAAAUAAUGGAGGAGAAUGUGUUUUGUUUCCCCGAAGUGAAAAAUCCAGUUGGAUUUGACAGGUUUUCACAUGACUUCAGCUGUAGUUUUACCUUUUAUCUCAGUCAUUGGCAUGCUUACACAGCACUAAGUGUUUGCCUGCUGCCACCUUGUUUUACGGUCAUUAAAUAAGUUUGUAUAGCUCUU